UGCCGCUCGGGUUGUUUUUGUGCGUCGUCCGUCGCUCAGUCUCGCCCAGUCGCUUAUUCGCCCCGUUCGCCGCUCGUUCGAUCGCUCUCGCUACUCGCCGCGUUCGCCGCAUUAGGCCAACAACAACAAUCAGUUCGCCGUCGCCAAAACAAACAAAUCGAAAACAUCAAAAAGAUCUAUAGCCAACAAAGCUAUAGGCUAUUGAGAAACAAAAAGUCAGAGAAAUACUAAGUCAGAGGUAAAUACCUCUCGGAUAUAUCCAAGUGCCAGUGACGAGAAUCUGUUUUUUUACCGUGUUGCCAGUGCCAAACAAUAAACAUCGCAUAAACAAACAAAUCUCUGGAAUACCAUAUAUACAUAUACCCAUGCUAUAGCUAUAUAGUAUAUAGUAUAGCUGGAUCUGAAAACAAGUCGCCAUUGGAAUACAGCAUCGUUUCGCUUCUCGUUUUGUUUGUGUUUUUUUUUCGAUCCGAUCGGAAGCACUUAGAGCGGAUUCACCGGCGAUCAUCGACCAGAGCGGAAUACCAGAGUGAGCUUGUUGGCCCGAACCAGCCAUUGAGACACGGAAUAUAGAGUACAUAGACUAUAGGAGCCUGAGGCCAGUGGAGACACACAGCUUCAACGUGGCGCUGCACUCGACCGAGGCCUUGAUGGCGGCGGGCUUCCUCAAGUCGGGCGAUCUGGGCCCCCAUCCGCACAGCUACGGGGGUCCGCAUCCGCACCACUCGGUGCCGCACGGACCCCUUCCGCCGGGCAUGCCCAUGCCCUCGCUGGGGCCCUUCGGCCUCCCACAUGGACUGGAGGCCGUCGGGUUCUCCCAAGGUAUGUGGGGCGUUAACACACGAAAACAGCGUCGCGAACGCACCACAUUCACACGCGCCCAAUUGGACGUUUUGGAAGCACUUUUUGGCAAGACCCGUUACCCGGACAUUUUCAUGCGCGAAGAAGUGGCCCUCAAGAUCAAUCUGCCCGAAUCCAGAGUACAGGUGUGGUUCAAGAAUCGUCGCGCCAAGUGCCGCCAGCAGUUGCAACAGCAGCAGCAGUCGAACAGUUUGAGCAGCUCGAAGAACGCCAGCGGCGGUGGCAGUGGCGGCGGCAGUUGUGGCAGCUCCUCGGCCAAUAGUCGCAGCAACAAUGGCAGCAGCGGCAACAGCAACAACAGCAACUCGCAGGGCAACAACAACAAGUCGAGCCAAAAGCAGGGUAACUCACAGUCGAGCGGAUCCUCCGGAGGCGGCGGCGGCGGUGGCAAUGGGAAUAACAACAACAAUUCGGCGGCAGCGGCGGCCAGUGCAGCGGCAGCGGUGGCAGCGGCCCAGUCGAUUAAGAGUGCCCACCACAGUUCCUUCUUGAGCGCCGCCGCGGCGGCAGCGUCCAAUCAGUCGGCCCAAAGCAGCAACAACAACAACAACAACAACGGUAACAACAACCAGCAGCAAGGCGGCAACUCGACGCCCAACAGCAGCGGCAGUGGCAGCGGUGCGGGCGGACACCUGUCGGCGGCGGCGGCAGCGGCGGCCCUCAAUGUGACCGCCGCCCAUCAGAACUCCUCGCCACUGUUGCCCACGCCGGCCACAUCGGUGAGUCCGGUGAGCAUUGUCUGCAAAAAGGAGCACUUGUCUGGCGGAUACGGGGGCUCUGGUGGCGGCGUUGGUGGCCCCUCCUCCGGUGGCCUCAAUUUGGGCGUGGGCGUUGGUGUGGGCGUGGGCGUUGGCGGCGUCGGUGGCGUGGGCGUGUCACAGGACCUACUCCGCUCACCGUACGACCAACUGAAAGAUGCUGGCGGUGACAUUGGCGCCGGGGUGCAUCAUCAUCACAGCAUUUAUGGAUCGGCGGCGGGCAGCAAUCCGCGCUUGUUGCAGCCCGGCGGCAACAUCACACCGAUGGACAGCAGCAGCAGCAUCACCACCCCAUCGCCGCCCAUCACACCCAUGUCGCCGCAGUCGGCGGCCGCAGCGGCCCAUGCCGCCCAGUCGGCCCAGUCCGCCCACCAUUCUGCCGCCCAUUCGGCGGCCUACAUGUCCAAUCACGACUCGUACAACUUCUGGCACAACCAGUACCAGCAGUAUCCCAACAACUACGCCCAGGCGCCCAGCUACUACUCGCAGAUGGAGUACUUCAGCAAUCAGAACCAGGUCAACUACAACAUGGGCCACUCGGGCUACACGGCCUCCAACUUCGGACUGUCGCCGUCGCCAUCGUUCACCGGCACUGUUUCGGCGCAGGCCUUCUCGCAGAACAGCCUGGACUACAUGUCGCCGCAGGAUAAGUACGCGAAUAUGGUGUAGAACCUACUCUUCCAGUACU